CUCCCCAAGGGUCGCUGUGACGCUCAAAGAUCGGAGGGGAUAGAGGUGUGGUGAGCUCUACGCCUGGUGCCUCGGUUCCCCGUCCGACCGACCAGGGCAGAUCAUCGAGUCGUUUCGCAGAGCAGGAGGCUGGCUUUCGCCGUCGGAAGCUCUCUCGCCUGUGGAGAAACUGCGGGGCUGAUCAGCCGGAGACACUGAUCAACAAUCAUGCCUGCGGUCAUUUUCAUCACCAAGGUGCGGGUGGAGAACCUGCCCGCGACAGCGCAGGGGACGCCGGGCCUUUUUCGGGUGAAAUUCCGGGCGGGGUCAGAGGGGCGAGCGCCGGCAGAAACGGUACCCAAGCCGGCGGACCCGGAUGGCUCGGUCGAGUGGCUGGAGGCGCUGGACAUCACGGUGUACGACACGAGCUUCCCGCUGAUAGCGGUCGUCCAGCAGACCAAUUACCUCGGGGGUUGGAGCCUGGUCCCCGACGGCCGCUUCGAGGGCGCGGCCGUCAGCGAGCUGCCCAACGAGUGGCGCCACGCAUCCUCCAUCCCGACCGCCCCCACGUUCUACGCCCAGCUGAGCGUCCACGUGGAGGAAGGAACGCAGCGCAACACGAGGCUGCCACCGUUCGCCGGCAUGGACAAGCCCGCCGGCGGGGGUGGGUUCCGCGGGGGGCCCGUUGGUGGCGGCGGUGGCCGCUUUGGGCGGGGCGGCAGGGGUGGCCGAAGUGAUUUUUUUCACCCGCGCGGUAGCAGGGGCGGGCGGGGCGCUGCCGGUGAUUAUUACCCGGGUGGUGAUGGAGGGAGCGGCUGGGGUGCUGGUCGUGGGGGCGGCUCGUGGGCCGGCCACGCGGGAACCCCUCAGAUGGCUAGAGUUGGCGGCUCCUUCAGCGGCUUAAGCGCAUCCUCCGGGAGUAUCGGGUACGGUAGCGCUGUUGGGUCGCCGGAAGUGUACGGGGACGCCCGGGGCGGCUGGUGGGGUAGCACCGGCGGCGGCGGCGGCGGCGGCGCGCUCAUCGACCGGUCGUCCUCAGGAGCGUCGUCGGCGGGGAGUGGCAUGCCGACCGCCAUCGCGGAGCCGGCGUUCCCCUUCGAGCCUGCUCCGCCGGGGGCGCGUGGCAGGCACUCUUCGAUGACAGUGCCGAGCGCUCCGCGCGUCCCCGUCUCCAUGCGACGGCACCAGUCCGCGGGCUUUGUGCCGAGGGAGUCUAGCAGCCACAGCAGCCGGGACGGGAGCCGGCGGUUCUCGCUUGGGGCGGCAGACAUGCCUUCUGUCGGGGAGGCGCCGGUCGUGCUAGGGGCGUCGUUGGAUGGAUUGGAGUCGGAGCCGAUUCCGCCGGCGUCGGACGGACGACUCCAUUCUCCGGUGGGAUCGUACGCGCCGUCCGGCCUUCGUUCCCCGGUGGGAACGUACGUGCCGUCCCCCCUGCUGGACAUGAGCCGCGAGCUAGAAGAGGAAGUGGGCCGGGCGCCGGGAGCGGGCCAGCAGCAAGAGGAGAAGAGGGAAGACGGUUUUCGGGCGGCGUUCAAGGGCCCGAGCAAGAGCGACAUGCUGAAGCCGAGCCUUAGGUCCUGGGCGAAGGAGACGCGGGAAACGGAGGAGGGAAUGGAAGAGGUCAAGACGGAGCGGCGCUCAGGGGAAGACGUCGAGCCUUACGCCGAAGCCACUGCUGCUGCCCCCUCCGCGGCUGCUCCUGCUACCCCUGUUUCCCGCAAGAGGAUAUUUCCAUUCCCCAAGCCAAUGGGGUGGAGCCGCGGCAGCAGGGGGCCGUCCGCCGCGGGCUCUUCCUCGACGCUGGAGAGCGAACUCCAACCAAGUCGCAGGAAGUCGGAAGCGGCGCCACCCACCGCGUCCUCGCCACUCGCGGAAGAGAAGGAGGAAGGGAGGGAUGAGGGAGAGGAAGCGCCGUCGGGAGCGAAGAAAUCGUUGAGGAUGUUGGCCGUAGCCGGGAAACUUUACUCGCGCAAAAAAAAGGCCAAGGGCAUGCGCGAGGUGCGGGCGAUGCCCAUGCGGGGGGCUGCGCGGCCGCCGCCGCCGCCGCUGGUGCGGCCGCAGUUGAUGGCUACACCGCCGGCGGGGGCUGCGCCAUCGGGGGCUGCGCCAUCGGGGGCUGCGCCGUCGGGGGCUGCGCCGUCGGGGGCUGCGCCGCCGGCGCCGCUGGCAGUUCCGCGUCGAAGAGUAAGCCGCGGCGGAGGGCCCCCUGAUGGGUCACGCGGCCCCGAGGAACUGGGGUGGGUCUCAACGGCAUCUUCCACCAUUGGCACAGGGCGUCGUCCUCGGGUCGGAAUGAUGAGAUCGAGCGAAACACGAUCUCCCGCCGCACGGGCACCGGUAGAGUCAUCAAGGACAAGGGGAGAGUCGACGCUGCCACCGCCGCCCCCUCUCACUCCUCCGCCGACGUACUCCGACGCUCUCCGACUGCGGGGUUCUUUGCAAUCAACGGAGACGUUUAUUUGCCCGCCACCGGAGGGCCCGCCACCGGAGGGCCCGCCACCGGAGGCACCGGAGUUGCCCGAGUCCUGGCGGACGUCGUCCUACUCGCAACCCCUCGAGGGGGCACCACCCUUGCCUGACAGGAGAGAAGCGGUGGCGGAGGCGGAGGCGGCGGCGUCAGCUCGAAGACUGGACGCGGCUCUAGCUGCUGCGAUGGGGGGAAUGGAGCGGCAUCAAAGACGAGCUGAUUUCGCUGCUGAUGUGUCCGACGAUGGAGUUGCUUACGACACAGGAAUGGCUCUUGGCACAGGAAGGGCUCUUGGCACAGAAAUUCCACCUCGCGGUUUCUACACCCCCACGGAAAGAGCCGAAGACCACAGAAUGGACGACGGGGACGAGGAGGAGUCGAUCCCCUCCGGCUACUCCACCAUGCCUCAAGACUCGCUGGGCGUCAUCGACCCCCCGUCGGAAGGACGGAAUGGAAGGAGGCCCCUGUACCCCGUGGUUCGUCCUCGAGGACAACUUGGGCCGUCGGACUCGAUGACAACGAUGACGUCGGAAGCCAUCCUCGGCGACGACCGGUCUUCGCUCCGGCUGAUUGCCCAAAGCACGACGGCAUCGUCACGAAGCACGACACGUUCGGUGAUGAACGGGGAUACGCCGGUCGACCACUCCACGCGGGGGGUGAUACUACCCGGGAGGGAUCCCGUCGCGUCUUCGUGGUUUGCGCCGCCCCCGAGGGACCCCGUCAUAUUCUCGUGCUUUGCGCCGUCUGCCGUGACCCCCGGAAUAGCGUUCGACCUGACUGUCAAGGCAUUCCUCCGUGCGGCUAGAGAGGCCGUCAUGCGCGAGGCGAUGGCGGAGGGAGCAGCCGAGGCGGGGCGGCCUGGGGGCAUGAAGGUCUCCAAAGGGACCCGGAUGACUGUUGAGCUGAACUUACCAGAGCACGCCUUCAAGAUGCUCCAGCCCGUGAACUCCAGCAACGGUCCCGCAUUCGUCGAACGGCUGUCCGUGAGCGACUUCACGUGGACCGGCGAGACCACAGGGGCCACGUUCAGGGCCGCGUGUAUCCCGGGCACCCCGCCCGGGCGAGUGCAGUGCGGGGCGAAAAUCAUCGAGGGCAGGAGGGUGACGCAUCUCUCCUUCGGCAUCGAGGUGGCGGAGCUUGGGGCUACCCCGCGGGCGUUGCUCUGCGAGCGCAACGUGGAGCUCCACACCGUCAUGAAGGAGGUCACGGAUAACGUGGCGGAGGUCCCUUUCGGAGAGCUGGAGUUCGUGAAGGAGCUCGGGCAGGGGGUCCAGGGAAAAACCUCUCACUAUCGUUGGCGAGGCAACGACGUCGCGGUGAAGAGCCUAUCGUCGCACCCUUGCUUCUUCCCUUCGAUGGCCCCGGCCCGCUCCGGCCUGGAGCACGAGGCCACCAUCCUCUCCAUCAUUGGACACCACCCAAACAUCGUACGGUUCUUCGGCCUUAGCCGGCGGGACGGCGCCUGCGGCGACGAGGAGAUACACAUCGUCACGAAGCUGGAAGAGGGAGGCAGCAUGGAAGGAGUGCUGGGCGUUAGGGCGGGGAGGGCGAACGGGUGGAACGGUGGCGGCGUGGAGUUCGACGGGAGCACGCGGGAAGUGUGGGCUGGGGAUAUCGCACGCGGGCUGGCAAACUCCCACGCGGCUGGUGUCCUCCACAACGAUAUCGCCAGCCGAAAUGCCUUGCUGUCGAGAGCGGGGAUCGGGGGGCGGGGCCUCCUGUGCGACUUCGGGAUAAGCCGGUUUUUGCGGGAGGAGGGCAUCGCGCAGUCGUUUCUCAUCGAUCCGGAGGACCACGACAACGUUUGGCCGCUUCGGCAGAUGCCCCCGGAGUCGCUGGUGCACCCGUUUCCGCUGACGGCGGAGAGUGAUGCGUGGAUGUAUGGCUUGUUCUUGUAUGAGGUCUUCGAGGGUCAGGAGCCAUGGGCAGGGCUCGAGAAGUCCGAGGUUAAGCGCCUGAUAUUGGAAGGGAAGUCCGCCCCUAAGGUCCCGGAGAUGCUGAGGCAGCGCGGCGACCGCCUCGUGAAGCUUUACGAGAGCUGCUUGAGCGAGGACAGCACCAAGCGGCCAAGCCUAGAGCGUAUCGUGGACCAGUUCUCGCCUACCUUGGCUCCCUCGGAUUGGAUGGCGUAGAGUUGGACGUGUGGCACUGCUGGCGAAGAGGUUAACGAGCUGCACCGCGUUGCAGUCGAGUUUUUCCUGCAACAUGCUUGGCCCCGUGAUUUGUAGCUGACGAUAAUUCGUGGUACCUCGGGCACUUGUGGAGAAGCAGUGUAAAGGGGUGGCUCGGUUGUAGCACGUAGCCAGCAUUCCAAUCUUAACUUUCGCUUGCCACCCUAGCAUGCUUUUGUACAGGAGGUGGUGACGGCCAGCGGAGGCAGACGAUUGUCCGCAGUUCUUACUUGAUGCGUGAGGAGGCUCGGAGCGUUGCCUUGUACGCAUUUCGAUUCGGCGAGGUGCUUUGAGACCGUCAGUCAACCAUGUUCCGUUUGUUUAUGUCUUGUUUGUAAUUACAUGGUACUUCGACUAGCGUAGAAGACUAUCCCCGCUCCCUGAUUAUUGUUCUCAGGCUUUCUCUGCGAGUUUCUUGCCGUCCGCCUUGUCUGUGGCUUUGUGGUACUGACGGAAAUGGACACGUCUUUUGAUGUAGCCGGCCCUCAAACCCACUUGGAGGGUUGUUGCCGGUAUUCGACUUUUCUCGGCAUUACGGUACUUAGAAAUAUAUUCCCAGCAAAGUGGACGGAAUGCUUUUUGUUCCAGAUGAAGGUUGUGGCGGAUAAACGCACACACCAUCUGCUGCUGGUUAAAUACCUUGUCUGGAGAGGGCACGGGUCGUCGGAAGCUUAGCAGCUACAGUAUUUGUCGGCAGAUUGGUAAUGGUGGGGGUACGCGUCGAGUGUCUGGUGAGAUCUGUAAAGGGUUCACGCGUUAUUUUGCCUCUGGUGCCAUGUUCCUCUGCUUGGUACUCUUGUCGAUUUCAUUUAUUCUCAUUGGUCCGCAUGUAUUAUAUAAUCUCUAUUGGGUACGUACUCGAGUUGGCGUGUUUUGUAGACGACGGCGGGGUUCGCACAGGGGCCUCCGUGGCGUGCGUUUUUGCGUGCGUGGGAGUGUCCGGAUGGUGCCGCCGCGGCGCCCCGCGUCUCGUCUGCUCGUGGUGUAUCUCUUUGCUCUGUCAAUUUACGCAUUGUUUGUGGUGGUUUUCAUCUCGGAAACCGUUUUGGGUGUGGGCACCUCUCUUGUAGACUAAUAUUAUUGUUCUCCCUGCAGCUUUAGCUUCACGGCUAGUUAAACGGAGGGCUAGCCAGUUCGAUAUAGCAGUUUAGGCCUUCACAGCGGGUGGGGGCAUAUUAUGCUCUCCCGUUUCCUUCCUAAGUAUACAGUGUGAUAUUUUUUAAUUGUCUGGUGCUGUUCGCAUGUUGCAGAAGAAAGUCACGCCUGCGACGCCGGUAAUUUUGGAGGAGCGUGAAGCGAGGCUGCGUCCCCGACGCGCACAAUUUUCGCGAGCAGCGCGAUGGGAUUUACAUUUUUUUACUGUUCUCCGCACGCGCCAUAUAUGUGUGUGUGUGUGUCUGCAGCUUACUUGUCUGUCGUCCGUGUGAUACAUGAGCAGAAUGAGGAUGUUCUUGGUGUAGAAGCGACAGUCAUGCUUUGCCAUCCGGUGUUGAAGAGUUCUGCUAGGUAUUGGCGAGGGUAUAUAAAUGCCAUGUUUCGCCAUUGUCGAAAAGCACUGCAGUAGACGUUGGCUUCGGUUCUGUGACGGUGGCUGAUGAAAGUCCGGCAACCUUGGGCUAAUGGGGGCUCCUACAUGCUUUCCCUUUACAAAGCUUUCUUUUUGUUAGGGAAGUUCUUCAGGCUUCACGACCAUGGGGUGCGGGGGGGGGGUUGGCACAAAAAACUCCGCCG